AUGAAUAACAUCCGCCAAAUCCAGGCGCUCAACAAGCGGGAAUUAGAGAAUGCCAUACCCCCUGAAGCUUCGUGGCACGCAGAUUACCGCGAUACAGCCUACGUAUAUAUCGGCGGUCUUCCGUACGAUCUCUCCGAGGGUGAUAUUAUAACCAUUUUUUCACAGUAUGGAGAACCAGUGUACGUGAAUUUGGUGCGCGACAAAGAAACCGGAAAGAGUCGCGGAUUCGCCUUCCUCAAGUAUGAAGAUCAACGCAGUACGGAUCUUGCGGUUGAUAAUCUGGGCGGGGCGACAGUGCUCGGGAGGAUAUUGCGUGUCGAUCAUGUGAGAUACAAGAAACGUGACGACGACGAGGAGGACACCAAUAAUGUGGCCAAGUCAAUGGGGGAAGCAGUUGGCAAGGAGGCUGAUCGGGAUACGGAUGAUGAGGGACAGAGACGGAAGAAGAGGAGGACGAGUGAAGAUCGCGAGCCGCCGCAGAGACGGCUGCUCAAGGAGGAAAUCGAGCUGGAGGAGUUGAUCCGGAAUCAUGAUGAGGAGGAUCCAAUGAAGGAGUUUCUCAUUGAAGAGAAGAGGGAGGAGGUAUCUAGGGCUUUGGAAAGAGAGGCGAGGCAUGAGAAGUCGCGCAGGCGGGGAUCUAGUCGGGACAGGAGCGGUCAUCAUUCUCGGCAUCACCGGCGACACCGAAAUGAGGAACGAACACGGUCUAGAGAAAGAAGCAGUCGCGACCAUCAGGAACGGCCGAGAAGAGAUAGGUCUUACAGAGACAGGACACCGGAGGGCUCUCGAUCUCCAGAGCCUCGCAGGGACCGGAAUCGGGAGAGACGUGAUCGUCACCGAUAA